AUGACUAGAUUCAGGAAAGAGGAGCGCCGUUCAUCGAUUACCACCAAAAUCCAGCAGCUCGUCGUGACGAUUCCCGUGGAGAACUUUAGACGGCAUAUUCAUCCGGAAGACAUCGGAUCAUGGGGCCGGGAAACGGAGCAUUUUUGUGGAAUCACAACGAUGCACGGCCCUCUACGCGCUUAUCGCGGGAAAAGCAUGUACAAAUGGCUGUGGCGGUUGAUUAUGGUCUUUUCUGGGUGUUUGCUGCUCUAUCAGGUCGGCACCAUCGUCGGCACGCACAUUGAAAGACCAGUCGAAGCAAAGGUGACAUUCGAAAAUUCGGAUGAGGGACUCCGCUUUCCACUCGUUACGCUAUGUAAUUAUAACCCGAUUACGCGGGAAUACUUGGAACGAGUGAAUGGAACUGGCACAUUCUCGGAUUCGGUCUUCAAAUACCUUGUCCAAUCCAACGCCGAACUACAGGCCUUUCUGAGCGCCGCGAAUGGCGAAGAGCUCCUCAAGAUGGACGGCGAGUUCCAGGCAUUUCAGCGCAACGCACCCUACACCGUCAACGACUUUUUCGAGCAGGGCGGGUAUAAAUGCGAGGAUCUGAUGAAGAUGUGUUCGUUUUCGGGGAUAAAAUUCGAUUGCUGCUCGAAGGCACAGCAGACGGUGACGUCGCUCGGAAAAUGCUACACGAUCAGCCUCUGGGAAACGCGCGAGAUGAAGAAGCAAAUCUCGCCCGGUGAAUAUUCCGGCUUGCAAAUCCUGCUCGACUCGCAGCUCGGCGAAAUAUAUAGGGGCAGCGGAACUGAAUCCGAUCCAGUAUUCACGAAUUCAUUUGAGAACGGCUUCCGCUUCUACGUGCACGACAGAAAAAUGAUGUCGUUCAUCACGUCGGAAGGUAUUUCUGUCAGCCCGGGCAGUCGAGUGUACUCAUCGAUCGAAACGGAAAAGUUUAAACGCCUGCCCCAAAACGACUGGGGCGAGUGUGUGGAGGAUUGGCCGGAAAAGUACAAGGAUAUCGCGCCCCACCUACCGUACUCUCGAAAGAAUUGUCGUGCCCUGUGCCGGGCGCGUUAUUUUCAACAGAGCUGCGGAUGCGCUCCGUUUUUGUAUAAUUCUAUUAAAGUCUAUCAAACCUGCACUCCGCUUCAACUCUACAAUUGCCUGAAUCAGACGCGCACUUCGUUGUAUAAAGACCUCGAGACGUGGUGUCAGGAUUGCCCGCCGGAAUGCGAAAACUGGGAAUAUCACGCGUACAACAGCUACGGCUUCAACUUCUCGGAGGGAGCGAGGAAAUGGCUGAAGGAACAGAAUGGAGAAUGGGAUGAUCAGAGGAUCGAAAAAAACUUCGUCAUGGUGUCGAUUUUCUACCGUGAACUGUCGUACACCAAGUUCGAGGAGGUCAAGGGCAGCGAUGUCUCCACAAUGCUCAGUAACAUUGGCGGUAAUAUGGGGCUGUGCUUCGGAAUGUCGGUCAUCACUUGCGUGGAGAUGAUCAUCUACAUACAAAAAGAGCCUUCAAUGAAGCGGAAAGUGGCGGAUAUGUCGUCGAAAGGAGGAGGAGGAGGGCCAGAGAUGGAGCCCGAAACCCCGCCCCCACGCUCCCCACACAAACUCCAGAAGCAACAAUUUAUGGACAGUUUCUAUGAAGAGAUGACCAGCGGCCACGGUCGAGCUUUCCUAAAGGACCGCAGAAGAUCCCGAUCUGAGCAGCCGCCCACUCAGGAUCUGCUCGAGCUCAAGAUCGACCUUGCCGAAAAGGACGGCGAGAAGGAGAUUGUCGGGGUGGUUGGCGAAAGGAAGAGCAGCAAUAAUAGUACGCUAGCGGUGCAGAGUCCAAUGCGCUACAAAUCCCGAUCGAUCCUGUUUGAUGACUCGAUCCCCGAAGAGGCAGAUCGGAAAACGUCGAAAGCCAGCAUCGAGCUGCUGACCGUCCAAAGUCCGCUGCAAUACAAAUCCCGGAGCAUCCAGCUGAACGAUCCAGCCGAAAUGGCGGCCGAUCAGGGGCAGUCCAGAUUGCAUAGCUGCCUGGCCGUUCCGGGGCAACUCCAAAAAUCGAAAAGUGUCCAGUUUGAGGACGUCGCGGAGGCAGAGCCUACCACCUACACCACUGGAGGCCCUCCGUCCUCGCUGACGCCGCGCCCGAUGCUUCAAAAAGGGCGCAGCUUCGAGGCCGACGAACUGCCCGUUUUUACGUUCGAUUUUGUCUCGUUCAAAACAGCCGACGCUGGGCUCCAAUUUCCGCUGGUUACCGUAUGCAACUACAACUCGAUACGUCAAUCCCAUAUACAGAAACUAAACUCGACCGGCCAGUUUUCGCAUUCACUCCUCGCCUACUUGAUGCAAUCUUCGGCUGAAAUCCGCUCGUUUCUGGGUGCGGCAGAGUUGAAAGAUCUAGAAAAAGGCCACGCGGAAUAUCUACUUUUCACCACUUCAUCGAAUAAUACCUUCGAUAUCAACAUGUUUUUUGAGUUGGGCGGAUGCUACACCCUCGACAUGAGCCUCGAGGGUUUCCAUCGUCUCCAACUGUCCCCUGGCGAAUAUAAUGGACUUCAUCUCAUUCUCGAUGCACAACUCGAUGAGGUUCAUUCACAUAAAUGCAACGAAACCGACUCCGUUUUUAUGAACGCCUUCGAGAAUGGUUUUCGAUACUACGUGCACGACCGUCACCUAAUAUCCUUCAUCACUACGGAGGGGAUAUCGGUCAGCCCUGGGACUCGCGUAUAUUCGUCGAUAGAAAUGGAUAAGUUCGAGCGUCUCCCACAAAGCGAUUGGGGGAAAUGUUCAGAAGAAUGGCCCUUCCCACCUCCUCUCCCACUACCGUACUCCCGCAAGAAUUGCAAGGCCCUCUGCCAUGCACGCCAUUUUGAGGAGACGUGCGGAUGCGCGCCGUAUAUUUAUAACACUCUAAAAGCGUACGGUCUUUGGGAUGAGUGUACGGAGUGUGCGACGGAAUGUGGAAGUCACGAAUUCCACGCGUACAAUAGCUACGGUUUCGGGUUCAGCAAGGGAGCGCUGAAAUGGCUGCGGAGUCGGGAUCGCGAGUGGACGAGUAGCUAUGUACGGGAAAAUUUUGUGAUGAUCACCCUAUUCUACCGUCAUUUGUCGUAUACCGUAUUCUCUGAGGUGAAGGGCAACUGUAUGCAGGCUGUGCUCAUAGGAAAACGCCGGGAAGCUACAGAAGGGCCCUCCGAAGAAACGGCUACGAGAAGAUACGAUGGAAUCACAUGCCGGGCCCAGCUUCAGCUUCAAAAACCGGGCCUGGUCCCGCUGCCUCAAGUCCAUCCAAUGCCUGACGAUUCCUCAGGAAUCGCUGCUAGCCUGCCCGCUCCUGUCGGCUGUUCUGGUGCGAAAAAUGCCGUCCCCGAAUGGGACCACUACCGCCCAAGAUUUCACUGCCAAAUCGCACAAGAGCCGGCGGAUAAUGAA